UUCAGUUGCAUUUGAAAGCUUCAAGAUGAAGCAGACUUCGAGUGUUGUUCUACUAGUUUUUUUGAUUCUUGGAAGCCGUGAUUUUACGGGAUUAUCUUAUCUUCUGGACAAUAACUGCGGACAAUCGAAGUAUACAAACCGAAUAAGUGGAGGCAUUAAUGCUGAUUUGAAUGCGGUUCCUUGGAUGGCAUAUUUUCAUGCGAACGGAAAGUUUUUCUGUGGCGGCUCGCUUGUAAACCAUUGGUUUGUCUUGACGGCUGCGCAUUGCUUUAAGCAGAAUGAUUUUACAAUAUAUGUUCGAUUGGGCGAGAAUGAUGCGAGUCAAUUUUUUGAUUGCGAUGAAUUUGAAUGUGCUCCACUUCAUUCAGAAUUUUGGGUGGUGAAAAAGUUUCUGUACCCCUACUUUAAAACAGCACACUAUUAUGAUGUGGCACUGGUGAAACUUAACCAGUUUGUUAAAUACUCAAAAAACAUCCAGCCGGUUUGCGUGAUAUUGGACUGGCGAUGGCAGGGAUACGUUGACUCCAUUCAAAACCUCAUGGUAACCGGUUGGGGCGCAAAAUAUAUCACUGAAAAAAGCGACAAACUGCAGCUUGCUAAGCUUCCUCAGGUUGACCGCUUGACUUGUCGCUCCAGAUUUGGAUAUAACGUUGACCGGACCCAUAUUUGUGCCGGCGAUGGUGGUCACUACGUGGGCAAGGGCGACUCUGGCGGUCCUUUGGGAGCAAUGGUUAACUUUGGUCUAUAUAGGGCAUUUGUUCAGUUCGGAAUAGUCAGCCAUCUUCGACACCCCUUCUAUGGCGUCUCAGUAUUCACGAAUGUCUUGAGUUAUGCGAAUUGGAUUAAUCACACCAUUGUUACGAAUAAGAGUUUUUAAUAAGAAAUAUGGCAUACAAACAAAUAAUAUA